AUGGGGUCACAGCCUCCCCCUCCCGUCGGUCAUCUAACUCAAACUGUUUUUCCCGACGAUGAGAAUGCCAAUCUCCUCAAUAAUACUUGUGAUAACGUCAAUCACGACGGUUUCGUUGUUCAUAGUGAUGACGAAUAUUCCGCGCCUUCUGAUAUUGACACGGAUUUUGAGGACUUCGAGGCCGUGGUUGUGCCAUGGAAGACGAGUGCUCUGGUACUCGCCUACAUAGCGAUUUGGCUCACCUAUUUCGUCGAAGGAAUUUUAUCAGCUACCACCGGAAUUCUGACACCCUAUGUCACUUCCACCUUUGCCCAGCAUUCUUUUACGCCCACUGUUGGCAUUCUAAGUAGUGUGAUUGGUGGUGUCACCAACCUCACUCUUGCCAAAGUCCUUGACAUCUUUGGCCGGGCUUACGGACUAUUUUUCUGCAUCAUUCUCGCUACGAGUGGUCUCAUUAUGACGAGUACUUGCAACAGUGUUCAAGGCUAUGCCACUGCUCAAGUCUUCCAAACCAUUGGAAACAGUGGUAUUCUAUAUUCCCUGACCGUACUUGUCGCCGACACUUCUUCGAUGCGCAACAGGGGUCUGGUACAAGCCAUAGUUAGCUCGCCAAAUCUUAUUACACCUUGGCUUUCCGGCCCCAUAUCCUCAAGAUUUAUGAACGGCCCAGGCUGGCGUUGGGCAUUUGGAUCGUUUUCGGUUCUCGUGCCGUCUAUCACUCUCCCACUUUUCUUCCUGUUAUUGAGUCACCUCAAAACCAGGAAAAUGAGCAUGCCCCAUAGGUGUGAAAGUGAGAGUGACAAUGGUCGGAGUCCUCUACGAACACUUGUCCACUAUUUUCGGCAGUUCGAUGCUGUAGGCCUUGUUCUCUUAUCAACAGGUGUUGCACUGCUUCUUGUGUCGCUUAACCUGUACGCGCUACAAGGCUGGAAUUCGAUAUAUGCUGUUGCAUUCUCAGUUACUGGAAGUCUUCUUAUCAUCUUGUUUGCGGUGUGGGAGAGAUAUUAUGCGACCAUCACCUUCGUGUCUUAUUCAAUUUUUCUUGAUCGUACCGUGUUGGGUGCUUGCAUUCUAUCCUCCACUUUAUUUAUUAGCUUCUGGUGCUGGAACAGCUUCUUUAGCUCGUAUCUUCAAGUUGUGAACAACCUCAGCAUCGAAAACGCAAGCUAUGUGGUGCAGUUGUAUACUGUCUUUUCAGUGGUGAGCGCCAUCGCUGUCGGCGCCCUAAUUCACCUGACUGGGCGUUUCAAGCCAGUGUGCAUCUAUGUAGGAAUUCCAUUGAGUCUGUUGGGUUUAUUCUCAAUGUCAUAUUACGAAAAUAGCGAAAGUGGAGUUGGAUACAUAAUUGUGUCUCAGAUUUUCAUUUCCGUCGCUGCUGGUAUCAUCAUGGUUUGUGAUGAAGUUGCAAUUCUGGCUGCUGCCCCUAAUCAUGACGCUGCUGUUUGUCUGGCUGUGUUAGGGCUAUUUGGUAAUAUUGGAGGAGCAAUUGGUUUAACCAUUGCAUCAACAAUUUGGCAGAACAUUUUCCGCAGGAAGCUAAUGGAGUUUGUUCCUAUAGAAGACCUUCCAAAUGUGGCCAAAAUUUAUGCGGAUCUAUCUACCCAGCUCUCAUAUCCAGUUGGUUCUGAGACACGCCUCGCCAUUCAGCAUGCUUAUGAAGAUACCCAAGGGAAGCUGUUGGCUAUAGCAAUGGUAGUGUGGGCUGGUGGUUUCAUGGCGGUUGCUAUGUGGCGAAACAUUAAUGUGAUUGACAUAAAUCAGAGUAAAUUACAUACUUAA